GCGGCUGUUGGUAGAAGAGAUUUUAUGUUCUCGCGACAUUACCUGCUGCGGAACUCCCUGUCACCUGAGAAGAACUGAGACCGGGGAAAAUAAAUUAGGAAGAGACUAUGUCUGUGAAUGAUGAUGGGUAUGUGGUGAGAAUUCGGGGCUUGCCUUGGUCCUGCACCCAGGAAGAGGUGGCAGGGUUCUUCUCUGAUUGUAACAUCGUCGGGAAAGUGAAUGGAGUGUGCUUCACGUUUUCCAAAGAAGGAAGGCCCAGUGGAGAAGCUUUCGUGGAGCUGAAAUCAGCAGAGGAUUUUAAAAAAGCCAUAGCAAAGGAUAGGAAACACAUGGGUCAUCGCUAUAUUGAAGUUUUCAAGUCAAACCGUAGCGAGAUGGACUGGGUGUUGAAACGCAGCGGUCCUACUGACUACGACAGCUGCAGCGGGUGUAUGAUACGUCUCCGGGGACUUCCUUUUGGCUGCAGUAAGGAGGAGAUAGUGCAGUUCUUUGCAGGGUUGAAAAUCGUGCCAAAUGGGAUAACAUUGCCGAUGGACUACCAGGGGAGGAGCACAGGGGAAGCCUUCGUGCAGUUUGCCUCAAAGGAGAUAGCAGAAAAGGCACUGGGGAAACACAAGGAAAGAAUAGGGCACAGGUACAUAGAAAUCUUUAAGAGCAGCCGGAAUGAGAUCCGGGCUUACUAUGAGCUCCCCAGAAGGAUGAUGGGGCAGAGACCCAGUCCCUACGACAGGCCCAUGAUGGAGCGAGGUGGGUUCUUCCCUGGUCCAGGACGGGGGGGUGCUCUUUUGGACCAAAUGCGUGGAGGAGGCUACAGUGGGGGCUAUGGCGGAUUUGACAACUACAAUGGCUUCAGUAAUUACUGUUUUGGCAAUGGCAUGUUUGAUGACCGAAUAAGGGGCGAUAGAGGAAGAGCUAUAGGUGGCCAUGGCUACGGUGGUGCAGGUGAUCAUAGCUCCCACAGCAGCUCCCACAGCGGCUUCCACAGUGGCCAUUUUGUACACAUGAGGGGCCUGCCUUUCCGUGCCACUGAGGGAGACAUAGCCAAUUUCUUCUCCCCAUUGACUCCUGUGCGAGUUCAUAUCGACUUUGGACCAAAUGGAAAAUCCACAGGCGAGGCCGAUGUUGAGUUUAGGUCUCAUGAAGAUGCUGUUUCAGCUAUGUCGAAGGACAAGAAUCACAUGCAACAUCGAUACAUUGAGCUCUUCUUAAACUCAACUGCUAGUGGAGCAUCUGAAAUGGGCCGCGGCGGCGGUUUCUAUGGUAACUCAGGAGGCAUGGGCUUGAGACGGAGUGGACUGAGGGGGAUGUUCUAAACAGGAGUAAUCACCAUUCUAAACCAAACGUUCAAGUCUUGAAGAUUUGUUUUGUAUUUGAAUGUUUUCACAUGUUCAGAAAAAGUACCUACUUAAAAUAUUUUCCAGUCUCAAAGGGUGGAAUAAAAAGUAUAUAUUUGAGCAGUUGCAUAGGCUAACCAACUAUUGUACAUUUUACUUAAUACAUUUUAUAUUUAAUUCUGUGUGUCUCAGUUUAAGAUAAUUUCAAGACCAUUAGCAAUAAUGCAUAUUUUAGUUAAUUACUACUAUUGUUAGCUAAUUUCCCCACUUCUGUCUGCAUUUUUCUACGCUUUACAGCUUGAUUCAAUCAGAUUGAGCAUUACCUGUGUCUGCCGACAUCUGCAUAGCAGAUUUUGUGGCACUGCGGUAUGAGCUGACAAAUCGGUGAACAGCUGCUCGUGUCAAACAAUUACCUCAUCUCUACCAUGUUAGAAGUUGAAAACGGCGAUAGAAGUGUAGGCUCUAUCGAUGAUAGAAAUUACUAAAAUGUCAAACCAUUGAUGUCAGGCUAUAAAUCCCCCCAUCCAAAUUAAUGUGAAAACAUGCCUCUGUCUAAUUCGAGUGUUUGAAUUUGAAUUUAACAAGGCUGCAAGAACUUCUAUAAUAUUAUUAAGUGUGCCCUAUAAAGUCGGGUGGUUUCGUUGCAUCCAAUCGCAGUAUCCGUGGUACGGUAACGCAAGGAGCUGCAUGUGGAUUUGACAGCUCUAACACAGUACCACCUCUGACACAUCUGAUUGAAUUUAGCCCUUAGACUUGAAAGUCAUUGCUAGCACAGGUUAAAGUGCAGAGGGAGGGAGGGGAUUCAGAGAAGAGUCCAAAGUGUAAGAGAAGACUUAGACAGUACUCUCCCUGCCUUAGUCUUUGUACAAACAUUGAUCCAGGCUCAAGAUGUGUGUGGCAGGCCCUAUUCAGGUGACUGAUGCCCUGGAAUGGUGGUAUGUUCAUGGAAAAUCUACCUAGAAUUUACAAGCUGUGUCCUCUAUUGAUAAUAUCUAAAUAAUUUGAAUUAUAACUCAUUUACUAAUGCUACAGAGGUUUUUUAUAAUUCCAGCCAGUAGUUUUGAAAGUAGCGCUCACGAGCCAAAAAGGGUCCCCUGAAAAUAAUGCAUACAGAUAUAGCCAUUUAUGACUAUAUUGUAAAAAUUCAUGAACGUUUUGUUCUUCAUUUAAGGUUAGGCUUAAAAUCAUAUUUUUAAGAUCAAUUGUAGGGUUUGAAUUAGUUGCUGUGGUAACUAGUGACGACCUCUUUAGCACUACCUACAGUUUUUAAACUAUGGUGCGCAACAUGGUUCAGUGUGCCAAUAAACCAGCACUCUAGGUUUUUUCAAA